GCUGCCCACUCUAUUAUGCAAUUAUUGUAAAAUGAUUGAAGAAUGAGGACGGGAAAUAAGGAGUCGGCUGUAGGAAACAAGAGUGACGUGAUGCCUUAACCAAGAAUAAUCGUUUGGCCAGAUCGAAAAAAGGACCCGUUUCAAAGAAAUGCCGGCAUCCACUUUCAAGAAAACCACUCGGUGAAAAAAAUGCAGCUCAACCGCCACCACCAGACCACCACCCAACUGAAUCACAUGGGAGAAAAACGAAAAAGCAAACAAUUUGGCAACUAGGUGCAAAUGGAUUGCAACGCUGGCGGCUGUCGCUCCCCAAUAUUGUUUUUAAGUUGACAACUGAUCCGCCCACUUCCCAUGCCUGAAUGACUAGGCACAAUUUGCGUUGAAAGGUCUACGUUCUACACACCUACAUCUCUGCGCGUGCCAAAAGUGAAAGUUUCAGAUUUCUGCCCUUUUUGAACUGAUUGACCUCAUUUUCGAUGUACUUGUUUCACUCCGUCUGUGAGCUUCUCUGCCCUAGGAAUAUCUCGUAGCAUAUUCAGCGAAUAGUGACGCAGGCACUCGUCCGUUUGCCUUGGGGCCGUCGAAAGAAAAAGUUGUAUUUUUUUUUUUUCACUUUAGUCCAAACAGUUUUGUGUGAGGACCUUGAGCGGGGCUUGCAUUCUACAGUCGGUUGUGGUUGGAGGUUUUUAUCGUCAAUAACAAGCUAGGCGUGCUCGACAAAUCUAGCCAACAGUGUGUGCUCGGCUGCUACGGCAUCUUGUCAUCUCUAACUACGCGUAGGAUAUUGAAGUUUCGAUUAGACCAUGUUGGGGACUGCUAGACGAUGUUUGCUGCCAAGGCGCCAUGCGCUUCUAAGUGUCGGACGCUUUAACGGCUCGCGACAAUCAAGCAGAAAUGAAAGCGGAUCUAAACGUAGUAGCGCCGCCAGUCAUCAAGGAAAUCGUCUUUUUGAUGCGCAAACACCUCCGACUUAUGCGAAUGUGUACGAGCGAUCGAUCCAUGAUCCGGAACAAUUUUGGGCCGAAGAAGCUGAAAGAAUCAGUUGGAUGAAACCGUGGUCUCGUCCCAUGGUUAACAGCAAUCCACCCUUCACCAAAUGGUUCGUCGGAGGCGAGACCAACGCCUGUUACAAUGCGGUCGAUCGCCAUGUCGUCGAUGGACACGGCCAACGGGCUGCCAUCAUCCACGACAGUCCAGUCACGUCCACUCAACGAUCCAUCACUUAUGCUGAGCUACAAAAGCAGGUUUCCAAGCUGGCGGCCGCUCUGUCCUCUUACGGCGUGAAAAAGGGCGACAAUGUCCUAAUCUACAUGCCCAUGAUUCCUGAAGCGGUUGUAGCCAUGCUGGCCGUUGUCCGACUCGGCGCCGUCCAUUCGCUGGUUUUUGGUGGUUUCGCCGCUCGUGAAUUAUCCGUCCGCAUCAAACACGCCGAACCGAAAGUAAUCAUCAGUGCCUCGUGCGGUGUGGAGCCUACUCGCUUGAUUCGGUACAAACCUCUACUAGAUCAAGCCAUCUCCAUGUCGGGGAUUCAACCCAAGCGCUGCAUCAUCUAUCAGCGGCCUGGCUUGCCGGAAAUAGCCGCGAUGACACCUGGCCGGGAUGUGUCAUGGCAAGAGGCGAUGGAUGGUGACCGGUCACACGAUUGCGUGCCGGUGGAAGCCAAUCAAGCCAUGUACAUUUUGUACACUUCGGGAACUACAGGCGAUCCGAAAGGCAUUCAAAGACCGACCGGUGGCCACAUAGUUGCCUUGUCGUGGGUCAUGAAGAAUAUCUACGACAUGAAAGGAGGAGAGAGAUGGUGGGCGGCUUCCGACCUCGGUUGGGUAGUAGGUCACUCAUUUAUCUGCUACGGCCCUCUCUUGGCCGGAUGCACUACCCUCAUUUACGAGGGUAAACCUGUUGGAACUCCCGAUGCCGGCCAAUUUUUCCGCGUUAUUCAGGAUCACGGCAUUCAAGGAUUUUCCACUGCCCCGACGGCCCUGCGUGCCAUUCGUCGGGAGGAUCCUGAGCUGGAAUUGGGCCGCAAAUACAACACUUCUUCAUUGCGUUAUGUCUUUUUGGCUGGCGAACACUGCGACUAUGAAACGCGGAAUUGGGCAGAAGAUAAGAUCAAAGUCCCCGUGUUAGAUCAUUGGUGGCAGACGGAAUCGGGCCAUCCGAUCACUUCCACCUGUGUAGGGUUGGGACACUCUUUGAGCCCUCCGCGUGACGCAAGUGGAGUACCUGUGCCCGGAUACAAUGUGAAGGUUCUCAACGCCGACAAGGUGGAAGCCGAGCGUGGGACACUGGGGCGGAUCGUGAUCAAGUUACCUCUCCCACCUGGCACAAUGAGCACGCUAUACCGAGCGGAUGAUCGGUUUUCUUCCAUCUACUUCAAAGACUAUCCGGGCUACUACGAUACGAUGGAUGCCGGAGUCAUGGAUGCCGACGGUCAGCUCUACGUCAUGUCCCGCGACGACGAUGUUAUAAAUGUUGCAGGUCACAGGCUUUCUACAUCCGCGCUGGAAGAAGCACUUUUGGAACAUCCGUGCAUCUCUGAAGCCGCCGUCGUUGGCGUACCAGACGAAAUGAAGGGCGAACUCCCACUGGGACUUUACGUUACAACGAAAGCCAACACCAAACCUGAAGAGGAAAUCAAUAAAGAAGCUGUCCGAUUGGUGCGAGAGCUGGUGGGCCCAGUCGCUGCAUUCCGCCUCGUCUCUGCCGUUGCGACUCUGCCUAAAACGCGUUCAGGCAAAAUUGCCCGGAAAUCUAUCGCCGACUUGGCUCGGAACAAAAGAGUAGUGAUUCCUCCGACGAUUGAAGACCCCAGCGUCUAUGGAGGAAUAAAAAAAGCAUUGCAGGGACUCGGUUACGCCCUGAAUGCUCCUGACCCCGAAUAGAUGAAUGUGUGGCGCAACUGGCGUCUUCGUUUCCUCCCCAAAAGUUUAGAAUUUCCUCCCCGAACUUUUCGGUCUCCACGGUGCAAGAACUCCAAACUUAGUGGUCUUCAUAUACAGGAACGACUUGGUGCAACACAGUGAUAUAUAUGCUGCCUUAUCUUAUAUAUGCGAGUGAAUUUAGCUUCGCGGACUUGUUGGCUCUACGACAGCGAAAAAAAUCGAAAAUGCAAUGGUGCCUUGUUCA